AUGGCGUCUCAGACUCGACCAUGCGCUAUUAAAAAAUGUGAAGUUUUUUCGUGUGCUGUAUGUCAUUGUUGUAAAAAUGAUCUAUGUCUCGAUCAUUUAAAAGAACACAAAGACCAACUUAAUGCCCGAUUAAUUCCACUUGCCAAUCAGAUCAAUACAUUUUUGGACGGUCUUGAACAUUUCAAUCCGACUUCAUCGUCUAGUUUUACAGCACUUGAAAAAUGGCGCAUUUCAGCUCAUGAUACUGUGGAUCGAUUCUACGAACGUAUGCGUCAUGAAUUAUUUGAACAAAAAAAGAAUAAACCAUUGGAAAAACUUCAUGCAACACGAGGUAUGUUAGAUCAACUUAUUCGAAAACAAGGAGCCACUCGUGAAAAUAUUGAUUCAUUGACUAAUGAUAUUCGAUCAAUUGAACAAGAAAUCAAUGCUCUUCAAAAUAUUCAAAUUAAUUUGCGUCCAUUAGUUAUUGAUGAUAAUUUAAUUAUUGCAUCGACUUCUGGAAACAGAACACAACAACGUACUGAAAAUAAUGAAUCACGACAAACAGCUUCAAUUAGUCAAAAUGAUUUAGAAGCACUUCAAUGCAAAAGUGCGUUUCAAAUUUUUGUUCAGUCGGUUACUGGACAAACAAUCUUUGUAACAGUAAAAUAUUUUAUGUACGAAUGUUCAUAA